AUGGGUAGUGUUCCAGCUCCCACUGCGGAGGCCCGCAUCGCUUCUCUUGCCCAAGAGAUCGACGCCAUCUACAAGGAAGUGGCCAAUGACGAGCGCUCGCGCAAGGAGCUCUUCAACGUCAUCCAGGGCGCCAUGGGCAAGCCCCACGCGCCCGCCGCUCUGAUGGUGAUGAUCCGCAGCGGCGUCCUGACGGACCUCGUGGCGGCUGGCAAGGCCAAGACGGCCAAGCAGCUGGCCGAGAGCACGGGGGCGUCGGAGACGCUCAUCAUCCGCAUGAUGCGGCCGCUGACGGCGCUGGGCAUCUUCCGCGAGGUCGGCGUGUCGACGUACGAGUCGGCGCCAAUCUCGCAGCUGCUGACGGCGCCACCCCUCAUCGGCGGCUACCAGUUCAUGUUCGACCUGGCGACGCGGUCGCUGGCCAACAUGCCGCGCUUCCUCGAGAAGACGGGGUUCCAGCACGUCGACGGGCCGCCGGGCCCGUUCCAGGACAGCAACGCCACCGACGAACUCAUGUUCCCGUACCUGAUGAAGCACCCGGCCAUGAUGACCAACUUCAACGCCUUCAUGGCCGGCUCGCUCGAGACGCGUGAGGACUGGUUCCGCAAGUUCGACGCCCAGAGCAUCGUGCUCGACGGCGCCCGGGCCGACGACCCGGACGCCGCGCUGCUGAUCGACAUUGCCGGCGGCGAGGGCCACGACGUGCAGGCGUUUGGCCGCGCCUUCCCCGACGCGCCCGGUAAGCUAGUGCUGCAGGACCUGCCGCCCGUGAUUGCCAACAUCAAGCAGCUCGACGCCAAGGUGGUGCGCCAGCCGCACGACAUGUUCGACGAGCAGCCCGUCAAGGGCGCGCGCGCCUACUACAUGCGCAACAUCUUCCACGACUGGCCCAACGACCGCUGCGUCGACAUCAUGAAGCGCAUCGCCGCCGCCAUGGCGCCCGGCUACUCCAAGCUGCUCAUCUUCGAGUGGGUGCUCGUCCCGCGCGACGUGCCCCUGUAUCCGGCGCUGCUCGACGUCAACAUGAUGGCGCUGCUCAACGGCCGCGAGCGCACCGAGGACGAGUGGCGCGCCCUGCUGGCCGCCGCCGGGCUCAAGGCCAUCAAGUUCCACACUCACGGCCCCGCCGAAGAGGGUCUCAUCGAGGCCGAGCUCGCGUGA